AUGAAAUUAAAUCAAAUUCCUAUUGAAUUUCAAGAAGAGGAGUUGAAUGAGCUAAAAUAUAAAGAAAUUGGCUGGGAAAUGGGACAAAAACUAUGGCAAUCAUAUAAAUGUCUUAAAAAAAAUAUAAAUAACUUACAAACUUCAGAAAGUCUUAAUGAUUAUAUUAGUGUAUUUCCCAGACAUGAACGAAGAUUGGAAAAAAUACGGAUGAAAAGUGCUGACCCUUCUAAAUGCCUAUUGACCAAAAAAAAUGUCUUUAAUUUAGCUGUGAUUGAUAAUAUCGAUUUUAAAGAAAAAAGCUUUCAAUUUGGAAAUAUCUAUGAUGUAACUCGAGUUAUUGUUGAAAAACCAGAACCAAUACGUAAUCUAAAUAUUGAUACACAAAUCUUUGGAAUAUCACAAGAAAUGCGCGAUAUUAUUUUCAAAAUAAAUAAAAUUUUUAUAAGUUUGCUGGCAUUCUGGUACAAUGAAAGACAAGAACUAGAAUACAAUAAGAUUGAUCUUACAGCAAUAAAUUCAGAAAUAUUAAGGCAAACAGAAUUCAGCUGUAAUCUUCCACCUCUAAACGUAGUCAUACUGGAACCAAGUGGAUCCCCAAAUGAUGAUAACGAAAUCUUACAUGCUACAGAAAUGUAUAGAAGAGAUUUUUCUUUGGAGGAGAAUGAUUUUCUAGAUAUUUGUGCAGAUGAGGCGAUAUUUAGACGAUUAAUUAAAUGCCGCAAUAAAUCAGAAAAUAUACGGCCUAUUCUUGGUCAGUGGCACACCUCAAAGGAUAUGAUGAGCGCCUUGGUUACAUUAUUUUCAAGUUACGGAAUAUAUGAUUUGGCUACGGCUUUAGGUGUAAAAUUUUUGGAUAAAUUUGCAGCUGUUAUUGACUAUCGAUCUACAAGAAGGGUUUUAGAACUAAUCUGGGUUGCAGUUGGAGCAGCCAUUAAUAUAUACUUACAAAAAAGUAAGAUUAAAAUCGAAGAAAUAUUAUUUUGUCCUGCAAAUGAGAAAAUAUGCUUAAGAAUAUGGUACUUAUAUUAUGAAUGGUUUGCAAUAUGGAAAACUCAUCUUACUGGAAUACGCUGUGAAAAUUAUGAAUUACAAAAAUUUGGAUUAGCAGCUUUUGCUCCACUUUUUCCUGCCGCGGGAAAAAGCAAUUAUGCUACUUCUGUUACACAUUUUCUUGCAAAUUUAGAAAAAUAUCCACUGUUAGAAAAAAAACUUUGUCUUUGUGCUUCUAUAAAUUUAGCAAGAGAAGGACAUUAUCCUGCUUUUGAUGAAGCGUUAGAAAUUCAUGGUGUUGCUUAUAUUAAACAGAAUAUUACUAGAAAUUCGUGUAAUCAAGAAAACUUAGAGUUACAAAUUAAAGCAACUCAAGAGGAAAUAAAUCGAAUAGAUACAUUAUUAAAUGAAUUUUUGUGUACUUACUCAUAUCAACACAAGGAUCGCAACACAAAUAAUCGUAUUGAACCAUUAUGGAAAUUAGUGCAUGAUUUAUUAGAAGCAUUCGAAAUGGAUAAUCCUAUUAAUUAUGAUUUUUUCAAGAAAAACUCUCCACCCCAAUUGAAUCAAGAAGGAUUAAUAAAAAUAAACCAAGUAUAUAUGGAUGGAUUAAAGAGAAUCAAAGAAAUUUUUUGGUAAGAAGUAAUAAAAACUGAGGCAAUUAAUACUAAAA